UGUUCUUUUCUUUUCUUUUUUCGUUACCGGAUAUGACGAAUUUGCAGGAAAAGUUACCGACCGGUUGGGUAAUUGGACAGGCAUUUUCAAAGAGAAUGGUUGAUGCAUCACUCAAUAUCUUCUCUGGUGAUCAAGAUAAUGUCUAUUGUUUCAAUGCUAUCUUUCUUCAGUAAUUAAAUUCAACAAAAGAAGCCCUUAAUUUUAAGCUUCCAUGAAGUUCAGCUGCUGCCUGUUGAUUCUGGUUCUUAACCUUGGUGUUUUUGCUCAAGAAAAUGUUACUUCCAACCUGACAUUUUCUGUGGGAUCAAGGCCCCUGCCUCUCAACGUAUCACUUCUCCCUAUCUUUAAAAUUUUGAAAAAAAAUCCAGUUCCUCAGAAUAUCAUAGCAAAAGAAGGUACCUGUGUUUUCAUUGAAUGUAAUUUGAACGUUAGCCAGCAGGACAUCAUACUCUGGUACAACUCAAAGGGGCAUCUUCUGGACCAAGGUGGAAGAGAUGGAAGACUGGUGAUCUCUGACAAUAUCCUCAAUAUCACAGGUGUAAUAUUUGCUGACCGGGGACGAUAUACUUGCAGUGUCACAAAUGAAAAUGGCACUUCUUAUUAUUCAGUCACCCUCAGAGUGGUCUCCACCUCUGGAGACAUGGGCAUUUAUUACAUGAUUGUCUGCCUAGUUGCUUUUACCAUCAUUCUAAUCUUAAAUAUUACACGUCUGUGCAUGAUGAGCAGCCAUCUUCGUAAAACAGAGAAGGCCAUCAAUGAGUUCUUCAGAACUGAAGGGGCUGAGAAGCUACAGAAGGCUUUUGAAAUAGCCAAACGCAUUCCUAUUAUUACCUCUGCCAAAACUCUAGAGCUGGCCAAGGUCACCCAGUUUAAAACCAUGGAAUUUGCUCGCUACAUUGAAGAACUUGCCAGAAGUAUCCCUCUGCCACCUCUAAUCCUUAACUGCAAGGCCUUUAUGGAAGAAAUAUUUGAAGCAGUGCACAUUGAUGACCCUGAUGAAGUAGGAGAUGGAGUGAAACAGACCCAAGCACUUGGUGCCCAAGAGGGAGUCUAUCCCUUAAACCCAGAAAUAAAGCGCAGUAAUUCACCAGCAGGAGAUUCAGAUGAUGGUUCAGUGAAUGACCACGGCAAAGAAAUAGCUGUGGAGGUAUCUGUCCACCUUCAGUCAGAGGCACAAAGCAUUGAUACUGUUUCUCACGAUAGUGUCCCCUCCCUGCCGUCAGAGGAUGGUCUGAGGGCUGAAUCCAAAUAGAAUUGCAAAGCUACUUGUGUAACGUUCCUCCUGAUCUGGAAGAACACUCUCAAACAAAAAAGGGAAAAUGCCACCAUAGUCUCAGAUGCAUGAUCCCUGUUUGUUUGUUUUUUGUUUUAAAUGUUGUUAGGUGACGGUAAAAUCAGCAUAGAUGAAACUAUUUUAAAAGUCUUAUUAUAACUAAUCUUAGAAGUAUUUUGCAGUAGAAUCCUUUCUAUCAAUUAUUGGUUACUCCAGUUACAAUUGAGUAGACAAACUUUUUGUUGGCUGGUGUAGUACAGUUUAUUUAUUAUUAUUAUUGUGGGAGAAAGAUUGCAGCAAAUAGGGCACCAAUGGCAUGAUAUGAAAAAUAACUGGGGACUUUGUUACAUUUCCCCCCACUUUUCAGUGAGCUAAGGCUAAAAGAUGCACACACCUUUGCUUGCCCCCUAAAAACUAAAAUGAAGGCUGGUGAAUUAUCUGUUCAUGAGAUACAACCAAAUAAUACAUUGAUAUAAAUAGUUUUUGUCAUGUCUACCCAGAAACCUAAAUUUUUAUAUGUGGUCAGUUCUUUUAUUACAGUUCACAAGUGUAUUGUACAAGAAAUUAUAAUGUGGCAGGUCUUUUUUUUAAUGCUAUAAGGAGACUCUGAUCGUUACAACUAAAAACUAUGUGAAAAACUUAUGAAAUAUUCAGAGAUUCGUAUGUAUGUAUGUAUGUAUGUAUGUAUGUAUGUAUGUAUGUAUGUAUUGCAGUAUUU